AUGAUGUCACAACAACCACCAGGAUCACCAUUAUCACCAUUAUCACCGCCUUCACCUUCAUCUUGUAUAGAACAAAAAACAAUUUACGAUGUCAUUUAUGCAACUAAUAAUCCUCCCGAGUUUUAUGGUCCACAUUCACUCAUUCAAUCCGGGGCAUGUCCUCAUCUUGUCCAACUAAAAACUCAAAUUCGAGAAGAUCCCAAUAAUGAUGUUUUGGAAAAUUAUCGUAUCUUGAUUCAAUAUUCUAUUUUAUGGCAUAAAAGUCGAAAGCAAAGACAUCAACCCAAUAGUAGUAAAAAGAGAAAACUUGACGAGCUUCCUAUGCCUCAGUGUACUACUUGUAUGGAUCCUUUAUCAAGACUUCAUGCUUGUUUGCAUUGUGUCUUCAUGGGUUGUUUGCCUAUGGAUUUUGAUAGACAUACAUUAUUUUGUAACGAAUGCAAUGAUUAUAUAUAUGAUGUUGAGAUUGAUGAAAAAGUGAUCAAAACCAAAUUGAGUUCAAAAUCAAAAAGAAAGAAACAAUGUAUAAAAUGGGAGCCUAGCAACGAAGAAAUCAAGACACUUGUCAAUAAUUCAUCUAUUUCAUCUUGUCAGGGUAUUCGUGGCUUAUGUAAUAUGGGCAAUACUUGCUUUAUGAAUGUCAUCUUACAAAGUCUUGUACAUAAUCCUUUAUUAAAGGCCUAUUUUUUAAGUGAUCGACAUAAUCCUAAAUAUUGUCAGAAACAAUUUUGUAUGUGUUGUGAAAUGGAUGAUUUAUUUGCACAGUUUUAUUCGGAUGAUAAGAAGCCUUAUGGACCUUGUCGUUUCCUUCAAUCGAUGUGGAUGAGUUUGAAAGAAUUAGCAGGUUAUGCACAACAAGAUGCUCAUGAGUUCUUUAUCAGUGCCCUGAAUAAUAUUCAUGCAGGUUGUGAAGGCCAAAAGCUGUCGAAUUGCAAUUGUAUCAUCCACAAGACCUUUGCUGGCUUAUUACAAUCGAAUGUGACUUGUCUUCGAUGUAGAAAUGUGACAACCACCUGUGAUCCCAUGUUAGAUAUCAGUUUAGGAUUAAGGCCAAUGGAAACGAAUAAAAAGAAAAAAAGUAUGAAUGGGAAAUUAUUAGGAGGAAAUAUAGAUGGUAGAAGGUUGAGUGAUGAAGAAUCAUCUCUUUUACGAGGUAAAGGACAAGGAAAUACAUUAUUAGAUUGUUUAGAUAGAUAUACACAGCCUGAAAGAUUAGGCCCUAAUGAAUAUAGUUGUAGUAAAUGUGGUAAUACUUUUCAGGAAGCAACUAAACAAUUAUCUAUUAAACGUAUACCUCCUGUACUAAGUAUUCAAUUCAAGCGUUUUGAACAUGGUUCAUCUUCCUCAAGUAAAAUUGAAACAAAGAUUAAAUUUCCAAUAGAAUUAGAUUUAACUCCUUAUACAAGUAGUAAGAAAAAGAUAGAUAAUAUAUAUACAUUAUUUUCGGUUAUAAAUCAUCAAGGUAAAAUGGAUACAGGACAUUAUACAAUGUAUGCCAAGCAUAGAAAUGAGUGGUUUCGAUUUGACGAUCAUAAUGUAACACUUGCUUAUCAAAAAGAUGUUUUAGACAGUAAAGCAUAUAUGUGCUUUUAUAUUAAAAAAUCAUUAGAAUAUGAAUCAAUAGACCCCUUUCGAUUUGAAUAAAAAUAAAUAGAAUCGAACCAUAAAAUAAUUCUUCUGCAAUAAGACCCGUUUUAUUGUUGUACAGAGUGACUGGAAUUUUUUCUUAUCUUUCCUUCUUUUUUAUAAUAAAACAUUGUAAAAUUUCCUUUCUUUCUUUUUCCUUUCCUUUCCUUUUAAUUUAAUUAGAAUGGCUAUCAUCUCGACCUU